CUAGUAUGGUCUGAAAAUCCAUUCACGGUACUGAAGGGAGCGGUUGACAACAGAGCAACACAAUCUACAUCAACUCGUUUUCUGUACAACAUUAUUAUUAUUUUAUUUUUACAAUCAUGGAGUUGUGUGAGAUACUGUACAACAAGGCGGAGUACAUUGAAACGGCUUCUGGGAACAAAGUGAGCAGGCAGUCGGUACUGUGCGGCAGUCAGAACAUCGUCCUCAACGGCAAAACUAUAGUAAUGAAUGACUGUAUAAUUCGUGGAGACCUGGCCAACGUCAGGGUGGGCAGACACUGUGUUGUGAAGAGCCGGAGUGUCAUUCGACCGCCCUUCAAAAAAUUCAGCAAAGGAGUGGCCUUCUUCCCGCUGCACAUCGGAGACCAUGUGUUCAUCGAGGAGGACUGUGUGGUGAAUGCUGCUCAGAUUGGAUCUUACGUACACAUCGGGAAGAACUGUGUCAUCGGCCGGCGGUGUGUGUUGAAGGAUUGCUGUAAGAUCCUAGACAACACAGUUCUUCCUCCUGAGACUGUAGUUCCUCCCUUCACCGUGUUCUCAGGAUGCCCAGGUCUGUUUUCAGGAGAACUGCCAGAGUGUACCCAGGACCUGAUGAUUGAUGUGACCAAGAGUUACUACCAGAAAUUCCUCUCUCUCAGCCAGAUAUAACCCCCUUAACCUACCCUACAUUAACCUACCCUACCUUAACCUACCCUACCUUAACCUACCCUGCCUUAACCUACCCUACCUUAACCUACCCUAUCCAGAUAUAAGGCCUACCCUACCCUACUCUACACUAUCCAGAUAUAACUCCCUACCCUACUCUACACUAUCCAGAUAUAACCCCCUACCCCUACAUAUGUUGGAAAUGACGUUUACAACGUGCAAUCAGAUUGAAUCCCAGCCCUACUCUCAUUAUAGUUGACAAUAAUAAACGGUGUUAAAGCA